UUACAGCUAAACCGUAGGGGCAGAGGAACGUCGCGUUCACCCUGUGCCGCCCCCCCAGUGACACUCGGAAGGAGGAUUAUGGAUAUUUAACAUUAUUAAUAUCAUGUGUGUGUGUGAUGGAUUAAGGCGUGGCGUCGCCCUGGACCGACGCACUGUUGGAGUGACCAUGUUAAGUGUCGCCGUGUGGGACGCCCGCUCAGCCAUGGCUCGCACUCCGCUCAAACACUCCUUCUCCAUCAACUCCAUCCUCCCGGAGACAGCACUCGACAAUCCCACCGCCAUCCCCAGGGGCGUUCCGACGCCCAAGGAUGAGUUACUUAUGGACGACGUGGAGAUGACGACGGCUGAAGAUGACGAUGAGGAGGAGGUGGACAUCGACGUGACGGGCGCCGUGAGUCCCGGGCUGCGUCUGACUCGGGCGGAAGACCACAACGAUAAAGACGACAAAGAGGUGAAAAAGGACGACGGCGGAGAGAAGAAAGACGGCGAGGAGAAGAAGAAGCACGAGAAGCCGCCCUUCAGCUACAACGCCCUCAUCAUGAUGGCCAUCAGGUCCUCGCCGGAGAAGCGACUAACUCUGAAUGGCAUCUACGAGUUCAUCAUGAAGAACUUCCCGUAUUACCGGGAGAACAAACAAGGUUGGCAGAACUCUAUCCGUCACAACCUGAGUCUUAAUAAGUGUUUUGUUAAGGUGCCGCGCCACUAUGAUGACCCCGGCAAGGGCAACUACUGGAUGCUUGACCCCUCGGCCGACGAUGUGUUCAUCGGUGGCACCACCGGCAAGUUACGGCGCCGGUCUACUACAGCCUCAAGAAACCGCCUGGCAGCCUUCAAGCAGUCACUCCUCGGUCGCUUCGGGUGUUAUCCGCCCUUCAGCCUGGCGCCUUACGCCGCCGCUGCCGCUGCAGCAGGACUGAGCGGAGCAUUGGCGCCUGGAUCACUGCCUGUGUCCCUGCCAGGGGCCCUGCCCGGUGCCCUUGCCUCAGCACCUCUGUAUCAGCAAGCAACAGCUGCUGCAGCAGCCGCAGCUGCGCUCUACCGCGGCUACUCCCCCUCUUACUACACCAGCCCGCUACCCGCGGGUCCGGCGCCGCUGACGGGUCCAGCGCCGCCUUCCGGGCUACCCAAACCUACCGCCCUCACGCCUGCGGCCUCCCACCCCCCUACCACCUCCUUUAGCGUAGACCGAUUGUUAUCCGACACGCCCGUCAGUGCACCGCCACCGUCGUCAUCGCUGGGUGGGCCCCCGCCCCUCCUGCUCGGGGGGUUGGGCGGCGCUCCCACCCUCUCCCCCUACGAUAUGUACCGCUCCUCCCUGCUGUCACAGGCGGGCUUGGGCCACACCUUGGGGGGCAUGGGAGUCGGCCUCAACCCAGGCCUGGCAGGCGCUAGCAUCGGAAUGGUCGGCCUCGGGGGCGGCACUCCGGGCACCAGUGUGGGCGCCGUCGUCACUAGCAGCAGCAGUAGCAGCAGCACCAGCGAAGGGGCGGCACGCCCUCCAGUAUUCAAGCCCGUGACGGUGGUGGCGCGGCCCAGCUAGUGCCGCCCACAGUGGGCGGCGAAGGGCAGUCCUGUAUAUACUGUAUGUAUGUAUGGUUUGUUGUGUACAGUCUCUGUCUGACUGUGUCUAACGCCAAAGUUGUACAGCAGCUGUGUAUAAAUGUUAUAAAUUAUAUAUCGUAAAAUAAUAAUU